AUGAAGGCUUUGGUGUCAAAUCGUAGCACCCCCGCACGAAUCUUUAACUUUACCUCGGGAAAGUCCAUCUUCAAGGGAGCCCAUGUAAUCGACGUACCAAAGCCUGUCAUCACCGGCCAAGAGAUACUGGUCAAGGUGCACUCUGUGGCUCUCAACCCAAGUGACUACAAGCACAUUGACGUCAUCUCACCCAAGAACUGCAUCGUCGGCUGCGACUACGCAGGAGAGGUGAUUGAAGUUGGCAAGUCCGCGGUAGAGUCGUGGAAGGUGGGAGACCGUGUAGCGGGUGUUGUCCAUGGCGGCUUGCACCACGACAGGGGCGCGUUCGCAGAAUACCUCAAGGCCGAAGCAGACCUGGCGUGGAAGAUUCCUCAAGGUAUCUCGGAUGAGGCUGCAGCAACCUACGGUGUCUCAGCCGUCACUGCCGUCUUGGCGAUGAACGUGCAUCUUGGACUUCCGUGGCCUGAUGAGCUAAAGCAAAAUCCCGAAGCAUCUACGCCGCGACGGACCGUUUUCAUCUACGCAGGCUCCACAAGCGUCGGCCUCUUUGCCAUCCAGCUCGCCAAGUUAGCGGGCUGCACCGUGGUGACAACUGCGUCUCCACAUUCUAAUGAUCUCGUCAAGAGCUAUGGAGCCGACCACGUUUUCAACUACAGAUCGGAGAAUUGGGUACAGGAAGUCGUGUCGGCCUUCCCAGACAUCAGCCUGGCUCUGGACUGUAUCUCAGAAAAGGGCACUGGUCCUCUGACGGCCAAAGUACUGCAAGCCAAGGGUGGCAAGGUUGUCACGCUGCUUGAUCAAGGAGAGUCAAAAGUUCCAGGUGUCAAGUAUGACAUGAUCAUGCUUUAUACGGUCUUUGGCAAAGAGUUUUCCUGGCUGCCGCCAAUCGGACCCAAGUUCCCGGUCGAUUUAGAACAUCGUCAGGCUCUCGCGCAGUUCUACGCAAUACUUCCACGGCUCACUGAGGUUCUAAGACCUCCCCCCAUCAAAGAGAUGAGUGGUGGUAUUGAUAUCUUGCUGGAGGAAUUAGACCAGUUGCGUAAGGGAAAGGUAUCGGGAAAGAAGUUGGUCGUCAGGUUUUAG